AUGGAGCCGGAGAAGCGCGCGCGAUCGUCCCUCGGCGUCGCGCGCGCGUCGAGACCGACGAUCGAGCUCGGGAAACGCAUCGAUGCGAACGUGGAACCACCGCCGUUGACUCGAGCGGAGGCGAGGGACGGCGAACGGUUUCCCACGGAGAAGCUCACGCGAGCGUUGAUACGGGAGGGAUGGAGCGAGAACAAACGGCGAGCGCUGGUGAUGAAGAGCACGGGGGACGACGGAACGAUGGUGAAUCCAAUGGCGCUGCGAGAGACGCUGCUGCGCUUGGCAAACUCGGAGACGCUGCGAGAAAUCAGACGACGGGUGAACGAGACGGCGAAGGAAAAACGCAGAACGCCAGAAAUUGGGGCGAGGGAUAGGUCGGAGUACGGGCGUGGGAUGACAGAGGCGGACUGUAAGCCGUGGAGUGCGCCGGAACUCGUGCACGCGAGCGCGGACGACGUUGAAGCGUUCUUCAAAGACUUGGCGAGCGAAGUAGAACUGAGCGAGCUCGAGCAAUUCGUCCCGCACGGGGUGCGAAAGCGAAAGCUGAUCGAGAAUCUCCACGCGUAUCGGGUUUCGUCGCAUCGAGGAGUGUGGAUGGUGAAGAUUGUUUAUCUCGCGCAGUACAAGAGAGAUGUGGAUGCGUGUCGAAACGCUUGGACGGAGGACAUCCUCGGGCACGCGCUCGAUUCACUUCGAGACGCGCUUUUGACACCCAAAAGCGCCGAGGAUCAAGAAACGGAGCUGAAGUGCGUCUUCGGAUUGUUGAAUCACUCGAUUCAGGAGGAUUUAGUCGAUACUGCAAAGAUUUUUGACGAGGUGCUACGUUUCGUGCACGAAAGGAGUUUGGCGGCGUCGAAGUCGUGUUCGGGAACGGCGGCGCUCGUUUUGGCUCGGUCGAUGGCCGCUACGUUAACCGCUCUCGUCCCUCACGCGUCGCAGUCACACGAAGAUUCGAUCAAGUUGGCACAAAAAGUUGCCGUAUGUCUGGAAGGUGCUGUGAGCAAUGGAAGCGCACGGGCGGACGGUCACCUUGUGACAAGACUCAGUGAGGUUAUUGCUUCUCUCGGGUCUGUUAAUGCUGACGCUUUUAUUUCUGCUCCGCGUGAGCAAGGUCUAGACGUCGUCCAAAAGUUGCGCACGAAAAGUAAGAGGCGCCAAAUGCCGUUGUCUCAUCGGCUGUGUCAAGUCAUCGAUGAUGUUGAAAAACGUGUGCAGUCACUCACGCAUGCGGCUAGUCCGGCGGUGAUUGCCAUCAAGGUGCACAAUCUCGUCAAGCUCUUGAACGAGGUAUUGGACAAAUCUGGGGAUGAAGCUAUGAUGUCUGAGCUCUCACAAAAGUUCAUAAACGCGCAAGAGGACGGCGAAGUUGCGCGGAAGGCGAUGGUGAAUGUUGCGUGUAGCUGGGCCGUUGACGCAUCUGAUGACGCUGUGAACGAACGUCAACGAGUGACUCGCGUCUUCCUAAAUGAGCUCACCCAGUCACCACGUCCUCUCAUCCUGCACUGGAUCAAAGAAAACUCUGCAAAUUUGAGACAGGAGGAUGACAAAAUUGGUCGCAUAUCUGGUUUGCUUAUUCAGCUCCUGCAAGGCGACGUUAUCAGGAUGCAGCAGUUGUUGGAUUUUAUCAUCGCAGAAGGCAUAUUAGAAGAAAGAAUAUCGCACGACCUAUCGAUGGCAUUUCACCGAUACUUGAGCGAUAUCGUGAAGGAUGACAAUGCGAAGCGUGAGAUUUUGGAUGACUCAACCGCUCAAACGGCUCGACAACUCAUUGGGUCGGAAAGUGAGAAGGAAAAUACAAAAGUGGUCGUCAUACCGGCUACAAACGUCUUGGACUUUAGUAGUGAUGAGGAACGGCUUCUGUGCACGUCAUUUGCGGAGGUUAGCUAUGCUAAUUUGGCCUCAAAGGUUGCUGAGUUAAAAGGCGCUCUCAAUGCGUCUGCUAUUUCGCACAAAACUCUCGGUCGCGUUCUCACCGUCUGUUUGAUGCACGAUGCGACAAAAUUAGGCUUGUUCGCGGAAAUCGUGGGUGACAUGGGACCUGAAGUGACAAAAGACGUGCUCUCGUACGUCAGCAUGGACGUCUUGAGCGUGGAAAAUUUGGAGAAUACCAACAGUAUCUUCAACUGCGCCCAUUGGAGAAUGUGUGCAGCUUUUGAUCGCUGGAAAUUCGCGCGAAGUUUGGUCGACUUUCAACUAUGCCUCCUUCACAACGUCCCAAAGGGUAAGCGGGCGGUUGCUGAGGGUCUUGUCGAAGCGAACACGACGCAACUCGUCCAGCUCGCGAAGUCUACAAAUAUUGCGCACAAGUGCCUUCACAUUUGGACGCGGAUCUUGGUGGUAAUUCCACUGAUCGGUUACGUCUUAAUGUCCGCCUCUGCUUCAAACAAAUUUUCGCAGUUGAUCCUGGAUGUCCUUGACUCAAUCAUCGGCAAGACGGUAGUUGAAGAGUCUGCCGAAGACAUCAUCGCCGAAUCGGACAUGGGCGAAACGCUGGUGGAUCGUCUUGUCGCUCUGUUCUCUGUCGUCUCUGUCGGCCAGAUCCCGAAAUGGGCGCCAGUGGUACCCAAAUUACCUUUUCGCGAACUCUCAUCCGUCAAACUUGCGCUUUCGAAGUCGAUCGAAUCGAAAAGCAUCGCUGGAAUGGUAUGUGUUCGACUGCAACGAGCCAUCAGUUUGCCGCUUACAAAGCUUCGCACUCGUAGCGUCAAUCCUUGGAAGAUAUUGGCGAGUGGAGCGUCGAGCGAUCGGUCGAAACUAAGUGAUGCCGAAAAGGCCGAAUUCUGGCUCCAAGGUACAGUGAGACGACCGGGAGGAAACCUCGCAUGGCAAAAUUGCAAUGCGGAACCAACAUUUAUCACAGAAAACAAAAUAUUGAGUUGA